CCUCUGGCGCAACGGUGUUGCCACUCUCCUCUCUGGGAACCUGGGAAGAGAACGCCUCAUCCCUCAUCCGGUUUCCAUAGCACCCGCGCCUUGGAGACGAGAAAAGGGAUUUGGCGCUUUGAUCUAUAGAGAUAGACCUGGAAAGUUGGCAACUAGGACAACACCCAGCUCUUAAAACACUCGCUGCCGCUAAACUGUGCUGCUUCUCGGGCUAUGAAACGGAAUUAAGCUGACAUCCAACGCUACAAACGGGCUUGUUCAUGUCCAGAUUCUACGGGUCGAACAGCUACCGAGAGGAGCUGUCCAGGUGCUGAAAUCGUGAAGGUUCUCGUCCCGGUAGAGAAGAGAAUUGAACGAGUUGGAAAGACCCCGCUGAAGCCUGUUUGCUCUGUCUAAGGUGCUGCCCGUUCCGAUUGCAUUAAGUUUUGACAAAGUGUCAAAGCGUGUUUUGAUCAAAGGCUAAAACCGACUCCAGGACGGGGUCUGUGAUGGUGAUGUGAGCAUUACAGCAACCUUUUGAUUAAUUAAAUUACAAUUCGGUAACGUGUUUUUAUUUAUUUAUUUAUUUAUUUUAUUAUUUCCAACCUACCAUCUUUACAAAGGGAGCGUCUCCCAGCACUAUGGCCCCAUCUACUUUUGCGCUGAGCGAAUCAAGUAAAGCCCUGAAGACUUCUUUUUAAUUCGGCGUGUGAACGUCGUGUCAGAAGACCCUUUUUCUUUCUUCCUCGAGUGUAGGCGUGAUAACUUGUUCUCUAUUUUUGGGACGCCACUGGUAACCUGAUUAUUAUAUUUCUUCAAAAAAUUAACUGCUUAACAUCGGUGUGUGCAUUUGUACAUCAUCAUAAUAUGAUAAUUUAACAAAAAAAAACAAAACACAAAAAAAACACGCCAUCAAUGGAUACGAUUAAAGAACGGGUUUUCACCCCUGGCAAGGAGGGUCUGAAACAUUUUGCUGGGAAAUCACUCGGAACUCUGCACAGGGUUUUGGAAAAGAAGCAGAAAACCGGGGAGGUGAUAGAACUGACGGAAGAUGGCCGUCCUCAGGAAAACAAGGAGAAGAAAGCGCCGCUGUGCGACUGCACCUGCUUUGGGUUACCCCGCCGGUACAUCAUCGCGAUCAUGAGCGGACUCGGGUUCUGCAUAUCCUUCGGAAUCCGCUGCAACUUGGGAGUGGCGAUAGUGGGCAUGGUCAAUAACAGCACGACCCACCAAGGCGAUAAAAUAAUAAUCACAGAGAAAGCAAAGUUUAACUGGGACCCGGAGACAGUGGGGAUGAUUCACGGAUCCUUUUUCUGGGGGUAUAUUGUCACUCAGAUCCCCGGAGGAUACAUAUCAUCCAGACUGGCAGCAAACAGGGUUUUUGGUGCCGCUAUCUUCUUCACCUCGAUUCUGAACAUGCUCAUCCCCUCGGCGGCUCGGGUGCACUACGGGUUAGUGAUCUUCGUCAGGAUAUUACAGGGGCUCGUCGAGGGAGUGACCUAUCCAGCCUGCCAUGGAAUAUGGAGUAAAUGGGCCCCACCGUUGGAGAGAAGCAGACUAGCUACAACUUCCUUCUGUGGUUCCUAUGCAGGAGCUGUGAUAGCCAUGCCUUUAGCUGGGAUCUUAGUGCAAUAUAGUGGGUGGUCUUCUGUCUUCUACGUUUAUGGGUGUUUUGGGAUAUUGUGGUACAUGUUCUGGAUCCUGGUGUCCUAUGAGAGUCCGGCUGUCCACCCUACCAUCACAGCCGAGGAGCGCACCUACAUCGAAGAAAGCAUCGGGGAGAGUGCUGGUCUCCUCGGACCAGCAGAUAAGUACAAGACCCCGUGGAGGAAGUUCUUUACUUCCAUGCCUGUCUAUGCAAUCAUUGUUGCAAACUUCUGUCGAAGCUGGACUUUCUACUUGCUGCUAAUCAGUCAGCCUGCCUACUUCGAGGAGGUCUUUGGGUUCGAAAUCAGUAAGGUUGGCAUGCUCUCAGCUCUGCCACAUCUCGUUAUGACAAUUAUUGUGCCCAUCGGAGGACAGAUUGCAGACUACCUCAGAACCAAGAACAUCGUUUCAACCACCACCGUAAGGAAGAUCAUGAACUGCGGAGGUUUUGGAUUGGAAGCAACGUUUCUUCUCGUGGUGGGAUACUCUCACAGUAAAGGCAUUGCCAUUUCAUUCCUGGUCCUUGCAGUGGGCUUCAGUGGGUUUGCUAUAUCAGGAUUCAAUGUCAACCACUUGGACAUCGCUCCACGAUAUGCCAGCAUCCUGAUGGGCAUCUCGAAUGGAGUGGGAACGCUGUCAGGAAUGGUGUGCCCACUGAUAGUCGGGGCAAUGACGAAGCACAAGACUCGAGAGGAGUGGCAGUACGUCUUCUUAAUUGCUGCGCUGGUCCACUAUGGGGGAGUCAUCUUCUACGGGAUCUUCGCUUCGGGAGACAAGCAGUCGUGGGCAGACCCCGAGCUAACGAGCGAGGAGAAGUGCGGCUUCAUCAAUGAGGACGAGCUGGCGGAAGAGACUGGGGACAUUACUCAGGGCUACAGCAACCUGGGGAUGGCCAGGACCUACGGUGCUACAACUCAGCUUAAUGGAGGGUGGCCUGACGGCUGGGAAAAGAAAGAGGAGUAUGUGCAAGAAGGACAAGAUGCUCACCGUUACAAGCAAGAGGAGGACUACUCAUAACAGAAACAGGAUACAGCUGAUUUUCUUUUGUAGUGUUCGUGACGAAAUUCCAUUGUGGUUGUUUGCACAAAAAAAGUGGUGUAAAAAAAAAAAAAAAAAAUUUUAAUAUAUAUAUAUAUA